AAAAUUUUGGGACUUUCUUUUAGUAGCAUUCUUUCCUUCCUCCGACGAGAUCUGAUCUCUCUCGUUUUCUCGAUCCAUCACCACCACCAGAUCUCGUCAAACUUCUCUGCAGCGACCGCCCGAAGGCAUGGAGAAAACGUGUUCUCUACUAAUUCACUUUGACAAAGGAACACCUGCACUUGCCAAUGAGAUCAAGGAGGCUCUUGAAGGAAAUGAUGAUGCUGCAAAGAUUGAUGCCAUGAAAAAAGCAGUUAUGCUUUUGCUGAAUGGGGAAACACUGCCACAACUGUUUAUCACAAUUGUCCGAUAUGUUCUUCCUUCGGAGGAUCACACUGUUCAGAAACUACUGCUUCUUUAUCUAGAAAUCAUCGACAAAACAGACUCAAAAGGAAAGAUCUUGCCUGAAAUGAUUUUAAUCUGCCAAAAUUUGAGAAACAAUCUCCAGCACCCCAAUGAGUACAUUCGUGGUGUGACUUUGAGGUUUCUUUGUCGUCUCAAUGAGACGGAGAUAAUUGAGCCCUUGAUCCCGUCUAUACUGGCUAAUUUGGAGCAUCGACAUCCAUUUAUAAGGAGGAAUGCAAUACUUGCUGUGAUGGCCAUUUACAAGCUUCCCCAAGGGGAGCAGCUUCUAGUUGAUGCUCCGGAGAUGAUAGAGAAGGUCCUCUCAACAGAAGCGGAUCAAUCGGCAAAGAGAAAUGCAUUUCUUAUGCUUUUUACAUGUGCACAGGAUCGAGCAGUUAAUUACCUUUUGACCCAUGUGGAUAGAGUGUCUGAAUGGGGAGAACUGCUGCAGAUGGUUGUGUUGGAGCUGAUCCGUAAAGUAUGCAGAGCAAACAAAGGGGAGAAAGGGAAGUACAUUAAAAUCAUUAUAUCCUUAUUGAACGUGCCUUCUGCUGCGGUUAUUUAUGAAUGUGCUGGCACACUUGUGGCAUUGUCAUCUGCUCCUACUGCUAUUAGGGCAGCAGCCAAUACCUAUUGCCAACUCCUCCUCUCUCAGAGUGACAACAAUGUGAAGCUCAUUGUUCUGGAUCGUUUGAAUGAACUCAAAUCUGCUCACAGGGAAAUCAUGGUUGAUAUGAUAAUGGAUGUGCUCAGGGCACUCUCAAGCCCUAAUCAUGAUAUUCGGAGGAAAACACUUGAUAUUGUUCUUGAUUUGAUCACUCCUCGAAACAUCAAUGAAGUUGUUCUUACUUUGAAAAAGGAAGUGGUAAAAACUCAAAGUGGCGAAUUGGAAAAAGAUGGGGAGUACCGCCAAAUGCUUAUCCAAGCGAUCCAUUCCUGUGCUAUCAAGUUCCCUGAAGUAGCAAGCACGGUCGUACAUCUGUUGAUGGAUUUCUUAGGUGACAGUAAUGUUGCUUCAGCAAUGGAUGUAGCUGUUUUUGUGAGAGAAAUAAUCGAAACGAAUCCUAAGUUGAGGGUUUCAAUCAUAACAAGGCUAUUGGACACCUUUUACCAGAUACGAUCUGCACGAGUUUGUUCCUGUGCUCUUUGGAUCAUUAGCGAGUACUGCCUUUCUCUCUCAGAAGUUGAGAGUGGAAUUGCAGCUAUAAAGCAGUGCCUUGGGGACCUGCCAUUUUACUUGGCUUCAGAAGAGGGGGACACCAAUGAUUCUUCAAAGAAGUCUCAGCAAGUGAACUCAAUAACUGUUUCAUCUAAGAGGCCGGCUAUUCUUGCUGAUGGCACUUAUGCAACUCAGAGUGCAGCUUCUGAAACUGCUUUCUCCCCUCCUACGGUGGUCCAGGGAACUUUGACUUCGGGAAAUUUGAGAUCCCUUCUUCUAACAGGUGAUUUCUUCCUUGGGGCAGUUGUAGCCUGCACAUUGACAAAGCUUGUCUUGCGUUUGGCAGAGGUUCAACCAUCAAAAAGUGAAGUUAAUAAAGCAUCAACUCAAGUGUUGCUAAUUAUUGUGUCAAUGCUACAACUUGGGCAAUCUUCAUUUCUUCCACACCCGAUUGACAAUGACUCUUACGAUAGAAUUGUCCUUUGCAUAAGGUUGCUAUGUAAUCCAGGUGAAGAGAUCAAAAAAAUAUGGCUGCAGUCUUGCCGUGAAAGUUUUGUCCAAAUGCUUGCGGAUAAGCAGAUGCGGGAAACAGAGGAACUGAAAGCCAAGGCCCAGGUCUCACAUGCACAACCUGAUGAUCUCAUUGACUUCUAUCAUCUGAAGAGCAGGAAGGGCAUGAGCCAGCUGGAGUUGGAGGAUCAGGUCCAAGAUGAUCUAAAACGUGCCACUGGAGAAUUUAUUAAGGAAGGAGAUGCUGCCAAUAAACUGAAUCGUAUUCUUCAACUCACUGGAUUUAGUGACCCAGUUUAUGCUGAAGCAUAUGUUACUGUUAAUCACUAUGAUAUUGUGCUUGAUGUAACGGUUAUCAACCGAACCAAGGAAACUCUCCAGAAUCUUUGCUUGGAAUUGGCAACAAUGGGCGACCUUAAACUUGUAGAGCGUCCUCAGAACUAUACCCUUGCUCCUGAAUCAAGCAAGCAGAUAAAAGCAAACAUUAAGGUGUCAUCAACCGAGACUGGAGUCAUAUUUGGAAACAUCGUUUAUGAAACCUCAAAUGUGCUAGAACGUACUGUUAUCGUUCUCAAUGACAUUCAUAUUGACAUUAUGGAUUACAUCUCUCCAGCAGUCUGUAGUGAUGCAGCCUUUAGAACCAUGUGGGCUGAGUUUGAAUGGGAAAACAAGGUUGCUGUGAACACCGUAAUUCAAGAUGAGAAAGAAUUUCUCGAUCAUAUUAUCAAAUCCACCAACAUGAAGUGCCUAACUGCACCGUCGGCAUUGGAAGGCGAUUGUGGGUUUUUGGCAGCCAACUUAUAUGCAAAGAGUGUGUUUGGAGAAGAUGCUUUGGUGAAUUUGAGCAUCGAGAAGCAAGGAGAUGGUAAGCUAAGCGGAUAUAUUCGUAUCAGGAGCAAAACACAGGGGAUUGCUCUAAGUUUGGGGGACAAAAUCACUCUUAAGCAGAAGGGAGGAGGUGCUGCCUGAUCUUCAUCCAUUCAAUUCAAUUGGAUUGGUGUGGAGAUUGAUGGAGAAUAUAGAGAAGAAUAAGAGAGGGAGUAUUUUUGGAUUUGGAGUUUGUUUAGAUGAUGAGGUUGAUGGCUACUUCUUGUGGUUGGGAUUAUAUAAUAGAUGGAUGGACAGAAUGUGUGUAAGUUGUAGGGUUACACAAAUUUUAAUAUGGUAUUUGGUAUAUUUUGUUGAUGUAAGAAGCUUGUAUUCUUUUACUUCUCAUAUAAUUAGUUGUUUCUUCACUCUC